CUCUCUCUCUCUGUGGAUUUCAUCUAUUUCUCCUCUUGAUCUCUCUCCUCUCCCAAUUAAGGUCUUCUUCCUUGGCUUGCUACAUCUCUGUAACCCGAAUCUUAAAAAUAAUCUACAAAGAUGCCGUCACAUGUUGAAGAGAGUUGGUUGGAUGAGAGAGAUAAGGAAGCACUACAACACAUUCAGCAUAUCACAAGCAAUGCUGGCGAAAUCCAACGACAAAUUCUAAGUGAAAUUCUGUCAACGAAUGCUAAUGUUGAAUAUUUACAACAACAUGGCCUUCAUGCCUCUACUGGUUCUUCAACCUUCAAAAAACUUAUACCUCUUGUCUCUUACGAACAAUUAAAACCUUAUAUAACUCGUAUUGCAGAAGGUGAUGAUUCCCCAAUCCUAUGCUCAAACCCCAUCACAGCGUUCUUUCUAAGCUCUGGGACAUCUGGGGGAGAACCCAAGUUAGUUCCAAUAUAUGAAAAAGAGUUUGAGAGAAGGUUGUCUUUUUUCAACUAUUUGAUGGCAAGGACGAAAGAAUUGUUUCCAAAUAUCAAUUGGCACAAAGGUAAAGCUAUGAACUUUCACUUUGCAAAGCCUGAUCAUAAGACAAAAGCUGGAAUUCUUGUUCAUACUGUAUUUUCAAGACUGCUCAAAAGAUCACUAAAUCUCAAAAGUGUAGAAAGUGGGAAUAACGCAAUCCCUGAUGACAUUCUUCGAUGCACGAACACAUACCAAAGCUUAUACUGUCAGCUUCUUUGUGGGCUCUACCAAAACGAUCUAGUUUUUCAAGUUGGUGCAGUUUUGGCUUCUGGGUUGAUUCACGUUUUUAAGUUCCUUGAAAAUCAUUGGGUUGAUUUGGUUAGUGAUAUACGUAGAGGAAGUAUUAAUAACCCCAAAAUUACAGACUUAUCACUGAGAGAAUCAGUUAUGAAGAUUCUUGUAAAACCCAAUCCUCAACUUGCAGAUUUGAUUGAAACUGAAUGUAGCAAAGGAAAAUGGAAAGGAAUUGUUCCAAAAUUGUGGCCAAACACUAAAUAUAUUAAGGCUAUUGCCACAGGAAGCUUGUCACAAUACAUUCCAUUGCUAAAUUACUACACAAACAAUCUCCCUAUAUUUUCUGACCAUUAUGGUUCUACAGAAUGUUUCCUUGGCUUGAAUCUGGAUCCAAUAUGUGACCCUAAUGAAACCUCCUACACUUUGAUCCCUACCAUGGCGUAUUUCGAGUUCUUACCAAUAGAUACCACAAAUAUCAAUGGCGAAGUGACCCAAGAAUUAGUUGAUCUUGUUGAUGUCAAGUUAGGACAAGAAUAUGAGCUCGUCAUCACCACUUUCGCUGGGCUGUACCGAUGUAGCUUGGGUGACAUUGUUCGGGUGACAGGAUUCACAAACAAAGCCCCAAAAUUUAGUUUUGUACGCAGGAAAAAUGUGGUUCUAAACCUUGAGUAUGAGAAAACAAAUGAAACGGAUCUUCGUAUGGGUGUAGAAAAUGCUGGUGGUGUACUGAAGCCAUUUGGGGCAACAAUUGUGGACUACACAAGCUAUGCUGAUACCUCAACAAUUCCUGGACACUAUGUGUUGUACUGGGAGUUAUUAAUUGAUGGUAAUGACCACAACACUCAAACCAAUCAUUUCAUUCCAUCUUCAGUGUUUAACGAUUGUUGCUUUGCCAUCGAAGAAUCAUUUACUACAUUCUACCGUAUAAAACGAUCGCAUGAAAAGACUAUCAACCCAUUGGAGAUUAGAAUCGUAAAGAGUGGGACGUUUGAGAAGCUUAUGAAGCUGGCCAUCAAUGGAGGUGCUUCAAUGAAUCAAUACAAGACACCUCGAUCUCUAAAUUCUAACCAGAUUCAUUUCAUCCAGCUUUUGGAGUCAAACGUUGUUUGCAGUUAUUUUAGUCAGAAAAACCCCAGAGUUGGAUUACAUUAGUCACCACCGUGCUCGUUUUUCUUUCCCCUACUGCACAGUAUUUGUACUUUUUCACCACCGUGCUCGUUGCUCUGCUAGUUUUAACUUUGAUGCUUUUCCUUUUCCA